CUCCGCGGGCUACCCCGAACGUGUAUCUGAAGUCCUAGACUGGCUGACCAUGCCAGAGAACGAGAAGCCGGACAUGGUCACCUUGUACUUUGACCAACCAGACCAUGCAGGUCAUCAACAGGGACCAGAGAGUGGCCUGUUGAACGAGCGACUUCGGACUAUGGACAUGAUGGUGGGACGACUGAUGGACGGUCUCUACCAGCAGAAUCUACACGAUUGUGUCAACAUCAUCAUCAUUGCUGACCACGGGUUUGAUGACACGUCCUGUAACCAGAUCGUGGACCUGUCAAAACACAUCAAUACAAGCCAGGUCCUGAUCUCCAGCGGAACAUUCGGACGCAUUGAGACUAAAUACAGCGGCCCCAGGAAGAACAUUAAGAUAAACGAAAAUCCUGUACCAGUCAGUGCCCUCGUAGAUAAACUGAUGUGUAACACAUCUGUGAUGAAGGUCUUCACCAAAGAAACGGCACCAAAGCGGUUCCACUACCUUAACAAUCCACGUGUGGGAGACAUCCUGCUGGACAUGGCUGACCGGUGGCUUGUGUCCAC